AAAGUAUGCUCUCUUUUCUGAAUGAUUAAGCCGAGCUUCCCAUAACAUUUCCCUAGCAGGUCAUGACAGACUGCUAACAAGAAAGUGGAUUCUGCUGUGAAAAAAAAAGAAAAAAAAUGGGAAAAGGAGGAAGCAAUGAUCCCAAAGAUGUGCAAAGAAAAGAAAAAGCCAAGAUGCAACUCAAAAGAAAUAUAGGUUAUUUUGAUGGGGUAAGUUUUAUUAUAGGAUCAAUUGUUGGGGCAGGUAUCUUUGUGUCUCCUACAGGGGUGUUAAAGCAUUCCUUACUCAACGUUGGCAUCGCACUAAUAAUCUGGACUGCAUCUGGGCUGGUUUCUCUGAUGGGUUCCCUCUGCUAUGCAGAACUGGGAACCUCUCUGCCCUUCUCUGGAGGAGAAUAUAGCCAUAUUAAAAGAGGCCUUGGAUCCCUCCCCGCCUUUGUGUUUAUCUGGACGUCAACAUUUACCAAGCCAGCAUCAAAUGCUGCUCGAGCCUUGCUGUUUGCUGAAUAUGCCACCCAGCCCUUCUAUGGCAUUUGCCCUCCACCAGAAGUGCUGAAAAAAUGCUUGGCCUUGGCCGUUCUCUGGUCCCUGGGGAUUUUGAAUGGCUGCAGUGUCAAAAUGGCUGCAUGGGUGCAGACAGUUUUCACUCUGCUGAAGAUGAUGGCCUUGUCUGUAAUUGCUGUCGGCGGCAUCGUUCUCCUCGUUGCGAGGCAAAAGGAGAGUCUGGCCAGAUUUGAGGACUUGUUCAGCUCAGAGAUUCCCAAUGCUUCGCAGGUUGCUGAAGCCUUCUUCCAAGGACUGUACGCGUAUGGAGGCUGGUGGUCCCUCAAUUAUAUGGCAGAAGAGAUGAAAAACCCCAGCAGAAAUAUCCCCUUAACUGUGAUGACUGCUGUCCCUGCAGUAAUUGUUUUUUAUUUACUGGUGAACAUCUCAUAUCUGACUGUCCUCACACCUAAGGAAAUUGUCUCCUCAGUUGCUGUGGCAGUCACUUGGGCUGAUCGAGUUAUCCCCUCUGUUGCCUGGAUCAUUCCUCUCUCUGUUGCUGUCUCAAUAUUUGGUGCCCUCAACAGCAGCAUGUUCACACUAGGUCGAUUAAGCUAUGCUGGAAGUCAGUCAGGACAUUUACCUGUUUUAAUAUCCAUGCUUAAUGUCCACUCCUGUACUCCAGCACCAGCCAUGAUUUUUUCAACCACAAUUGCAUCCAUUUUUAUCAUCCCCUCUGACCUUAUUACGUUAACAAAUUACUUUGGAUUUUCUGCCUGGCUUAUGAUUGGACUGACUUGUGCAAGCCUGAUUGUACUUCGAUACCGGGAACCUCAACUACAUCGACCAUACAAAGUGUUUCUGCCAGUUCCAUUUGUGAUGGUGGCAAUGUCUUUCUUCCUAGUUUUAGCUCCCAUAGUCUGGUCUCCCAACAUGCAAUAUGUUUAUGCUUUCCUGUUUAUGCUGGGAAGUCUUGUUGUUUAUCUACCUUUUAUACAUUUUAAAUUGCAUUUUGCAUUUCUUGACAAAAUUACUUGCCACUUGCAGCUCCUGUUAGAAGUCUCUCCUGCUGAUGGAUCUGCUGAGGGCAAAUGUGAAUAACAGGCAAAUGGUUAAUCCCGGCACAAUUAAGAGCCAACACAGGAUUUUGUUUAACUGAGAGUGUAAACAGUACUAGUUAGAUGUUAGGUGUGA